GGGGUUUUCUCUACUUUAAUUCAUUCUUUGAAUUGUGUUGAAGUAGUUGUUUCUACGAUGAGUGGAAGAGGCAAAACCGGUGGAAAGGCUCGCGCUAAGGCCAAGACUCGCUCCUCAAGAGCUGGAUUGCAGUUCCCCGUCGGUCGUGUUCACAGGCUUCUCCGCAAAGGUAACUAUGCCGAGCGCGUCGGUGCCGGUGCUCCGGUGUAUUUGGCCGCUGUGCUCGAGUAUCUCACCGCUGAGAUCCUGGAGUUGGCUGGAAACGCCGCUCGGGACAACAAGAAGACCCGUAUCAUCCCCCGUCACCUGCAGCUGGCGGUGCGCAACGACGAGGAGCUGAACAAGCUUCUGGGCGGCGUGCUGCCCAACAUUCAGGCCGUGCUGCUGCCCAAGAAAACCGAGAAACCAGCCAAGACCAAGUAAACUGAAUGAAGUUUCUCUUCAAACUAAAGGCUCUUUUAAGAGCCGCUACUUAUCUCCUAAAAAGUGAUUUCUUUUUUUCAUACAGUCUUUGAGUUUGUUUAAAGACAGGUUGAAGUGUUUAGUAAGGUUUAAUUCAAUGACAGGGUUUUUGUUUCUCCAAACUUGAGUGAAAAUGUGCUCCCACAGAGUUUCAAUUUAAAUAACAUGCCGUUUGUGUUUAAAUUCAGCAGUCUUAAACGGUUAUUGAUAACUUAAUGUGUAUUAUGAAAACGUUUUUGGCUUGGUCAAAGGGAUUGGAUUGAUGCAUACAGUUGCAAUCAAAAUUAUAAUUAAAGUUAUUUUGUUGCGGAGAACACUAUUUUAUAAAAACAAUUAAACAAAGGC